UUGUGAGUGUCUUUGCAUUGAAUCUCACUUUCCUUUUUCUCUUUGCUUCAAUAUAUCUUGAGUUCUGUAAAAAUGGCAGACGAGGUGGUUCUGCUGGAUUUCUGGGCCAGCAUGUUUGGAAUGAGGGUCAGGAUUGCGUUGGCCGAGAAGGGUAUCAAGUAUGAGUACAAGGAGCAGGACGUGUUUAACAAGGGCCCUCAGCUUUUGCAGACGAACCCCGUUCAUAAGAAGGUCCCAGUUCUCAUCCACAACGGGAAACCUGUGUGUGAGUCCCUCAUCAUUGUUCAGUACAUAGAUGAGGUCUGGAAGGACAAGUCUCCGUUGCUGCCCUCUGAUCCUUACCAGAGAGCUCAUGCCAAGUUCUGGGCUGAUUUUGUUGAUAAGAAGGUUUAUGAAGUUUCGAAGAGGGUGUGGACCUCAACAAAAGGAGAAGAGCGGGAGGCAGCAAAGAAGGAUUACUUUGAAAUUUUUAAGAUAUUGGAAGGGGAACUUGGUGACAAGCCUUACUUUGGGGGAGAAACAUUUGGGUUUGUGGACCUUUCUCUUAUCCCCUUCUACAGCUGGUUCUAUGCAAUUGAGACCUUUGGAGAAUUCAACUUAGAGGCAGAGUGCCCCAAGAUUAUUGCAUGGGCUAAGAGGUGCCUGCAUAAGGAGAUAGUUGCCAAGACUCUUCAAGAUGAGAAGAAGGUUUAUGAGUUUGUUGGACAACUGAGGAAAAUGCGAGGCUUGGAGUAGAGUAAUGGUUAGGCUCGAAUCUGGAAGUGUCUAAGUUAAGUUUGUUUCAUCACUGUCCUUUGAGCUUUUAAGACACGGCGUGUUUUCUAAGCUUUAAAUCUAAAGGGCAUGUAUUGUAUGUACUGUGAAUAAUAAAGACACUUUGUUGUGUA